CACCCACCUAUAGUUGAAAUAAACGUUGAGUUAAAGGCGUCGUCAGCGAAUCUGAAAAGCACGCAGGUCUUCCCGACGCCCGAGUCGCCGAUUAGAAGAAGUUUAAACAGACCUCCUCCUCAGCCUCCUUCAUCCUCAGUGCAGAAACUCAGAAGAGACAGAGCAGGUGAUUGGAGAAGUUUCAAUUUUGCUUCAUUUUAUUGGUAAAGAAAAGUCCUCCGUGAUCCCAGUAAAUAUGUCUCUGGCCAAAGAUCUGCUGCAUCCCAGUCUGCCAGAGGAGAUGAGGAGGCACAAGAAGAGGCGGCUGGUGCAGACUCCCAAUUCCUACUUCAUGGACGUCAAAUGUUUGGGCUGCUACCGGAUCACCACCGUCUUCAGCCACGCUCAGACAGUGGUGGUUUGUCCCGGCUGCUCCAUCAUCCUCUGCAGUCCGAGUGGAGGCAAAUGCAGAGUAACCUCAGGCUGCGCCUUCAGGAAGAAACAUCCGUAACAUCUACAGGAAGAUAAGAAUUUUAAAGCACUUUUAUUUCCAUUUAAAGGGACCUUUUUAGAGAAACUUGCACAUUCAUGCAUUAAAAUGAUCAGACCAGUCCAGACUUCUGUAAAACAUUUAUUAAAUCGACGUGGAGGGGGGAGUUGAAUGAAACAUUUCAUAGUGAUCUCAGAAUGACCAUCACCAACAAAAAUAAAAUCUUUGAAGACUUGUCUGGUUCUGUUCUUUGGUCUUUAGAGCUUCCCUGGCAGAAGGAAGCAGCUUUGAAAUAAUAAAAAAAAAAAAUAAUAAUCCAAGCUUCCUAACACGGAUCUAUUAUGUACAAUAUUUAUUGUGAUUGAUAAAAACUAGUCGUUUGGUGGGUCUGGAUUUGAA